AUGAGGAUUGCUCAUACACUCUUGGCAAUAUUUCUAAUAAGAUGGGUAAGGUGUGGAGGCAAUAAUGGUGCCAAAGAAGCAUUAAAGGGCGCAGAGAAACGGAAUCCCUCGGAAUCUACAGACCCUGAAAACUCCUUGGUUUCCAAAGUAGAUGGGUCACUGUUCGAUCUUGAAGAAGGAGAAGAAGGUGGAUUUAAGGUUCUUAAAUUAAAGGCUAAGGAGGGUACUUCUACCAACAAAGUUUUAUACGACGGUAGAGUAGUUUGGAAAGGUAAAGAUCCAAAGGAUGCAUGUUCAAUAGCCAUCUUCUACCUCGGAGAAAAGGAACCAUUAGGCGCUCUAUACAGAUUCAAGAGAGACGGAAGACUGAUGGAAGGUUACCGUUCAUUCUCUGGUGGGAAUUGGACCUCAGUCAAUAAGGAUGAAUUGACAAAAUUAGUUAAAGAAGCUCAUUCUACUCCAGUUACUCAGUCAGAUGGACGUGUUGAAAAUGAUCCAUCUUUAGAAUCGGAUACUGGUACCAUUGAUUUAAAUAAUCCAGACAGCUCUCAAUGUCAAGAAUUUGACUAUUACUAUGAUGAUAACUUAACUAGACUUAUUGUUCCUCUUUCCGGAAGGUCAAUAAAAAAGCUAAAAGAUGAUGCGAACCACAUAUGGUCAUUAGGAAAUGGAGAGACAUUGCAACAUGCCAAGGCAUAUCUUGACAAGGAUAAAAAACCUGAAGUAGUGUUUGUUGUGGUGAAAAAAUCUUCUGGCAUAUCACGAAAGUAUUAUCUUAAGAAUGACAUCGGUUGGGUAGAAACUUUACUUUCAUUUCCUGAUAGAAUCAAUCUAAUUAAGACAGAGACGAAAAACAAAACAGACGUUACUAUUGACAUUGGAAGUGAAAAGGACACUGAACAAUGUUAUCUAAUUCCAACCGAAUUGCUCGGUCUACAGGUAAAAAUGUUUGUUCCAAAACUUGAUUACCUUGUCAAGGAAGUUAAAAAUGGUAGUGAGUCUCUCUGGAAGGCGGCUGAGGGCAAGGACGAGAGAUGUCUUUCAUCAGAAAUUUACACAAAAGGGAAUAGCAACCCACUUCUUCUUAUAACGCUCAAGGAUAAGGAAUUUAAGUCCGAAUAUUUUGAGAGGGAAGGUGGAGAAUGGAAAGGAAUUAAUAAAACAGAGUUUGACAAGAAAAAGAAUGCCAUGCAAACCGCUUGA